AUGCCACCGGAUAGAGAAAGAAAAUUAACCUGUGGUAUGAGUGAUAAUAAACCCGAAACAAAUGUCUAUCAGGAUAAUACUACCGUAAAUAUUAGUAAUACAAGUGAUAAUAAUAAUGAUGAUUGUUGUGAUGAUGCUCUUGGCAGUGGUCUCGGAUGUGCCAGUGCAAGUGGAUGUGUUGAAUCAGUAACAUCAGUAACAUCAGUAGUCUAUGGUUGUUCUGGUUCAGUUGUUGAUGGUGCAAUAGUUGAUGGUGUAAGUUGUGGCAUUAUUGGUGUAAGUAUUUCAGAAAACAGUGAAAUGGCAAGUGGAGCUACUUCUGCUACUGUGUCUAAUCCAAAACCUCGCAGUGGUAAAAUAAAUUUUAGUGUCGACGCGUUGUUGAGUGGUACUAAAAAAUCAUCCGUUAACAGAAAAAAUGUUUGUAACAGUGAUGAUAAUGAUAAUAAUUUAUCUUCUAUCGAAGUAUCUGAUAAAAAUUUCUCUAAUCAACAAUUACUGCUCCAUAAUCAAGACGAGGCUCGAAGAUAUAGGGAUUUACUUAUUAUAGAACAGGAACGUCAAAGAAGUUUACAAAGCCAGAAAAGUGACUCGGAAGCACCACAAUCAUUGGUUGAAGAUAGAGAAGAAAAAGAAGAUAAUUCUGGUGAGAAUGAUUUGGUGAUAAAUAAUUCAAUAAAUGAUAGACUGAUGGAGACUCAUCAAUGCCCCAGUCCAGGAUCAAGAUCUGAGGAUCUCAAUGUUAUGGAUUCAGAUGAUCCUGAUGAUAUGUUAGAUCAUGAUCAUAUAAUAAAUCACAAUAAUGAAAAUGAGCUUGAUAAUGAUAAUGAUAAUGACAAUGAUAAAGAAAUUGAGCUACACGAUGAGGAAGAUGACGAGGAGGAAGAAGAGGGGGAUGAUGAGGGGGAUAAUAAUAAGCGUAUUAUAAAAAAAGAAAAAUCAACACCAGUGGUGCCACAACCAAUUCAUCCUGGCGUUCAAAGACAAUCUGGUAUUACAAAUGCUGUAGCAGCGGCUGCGGCAGCAGCAGCCGCGGCAACAGGAUCUUACUUGGGAACUCCACCAACAGCAUCCGGAUGGUCACCCGCGGGAUUUCCGCAUUCCCUCGCCAGUUUCGCGUGGCUACCCCCACCUCCACAUCCUCAUAAUCCGCAUGGACAUCUGUACACGCCCCAAGGUGGACCCACUAGUCCAAACGAAGAUCUGAGAUUACCAGGACCUGGACCAGGACCGGUGAGAUGUACCUUGAGGAAACACAAACCAAAUCGAAAGCCAAGAACUCCGUUUACCACCCAACAACUUUUAUCUCUUGAAAAAAAGUUUAGAGAAAAGCAGUAUCUGACAAUUGCCGAGAGAGCUGAAUUUUCAUCAUCACUCCAUUUAACUGAAACACAGGUAAAAAUAUGGUUUCAAAAUCGGCGGGCUAAAGCGAAACGACUGCAAGAGGCGGAAAUAGAAAAGCUGAGAUUAUCUGCAAGACCAUUAUUACAUCCAAGUUUUAGCACGGGUCUGAUGUUCUCAGCUGGAGUCGGUCCACCCGGCACUCCCGGUGGUAACCGCGUCUUUUGUUAUUCUGAUAUUUAA